AUGUCGAACUCAUUGGAACAAUUGAAAGCUACAGGCACAGUUAUCGUCACCGAUACUGGUGAAUUUGAGUCAAUUGCUAAGUACACCCCUCAAGAUGCGACCACCAAUCCUUCUUUGAUUUUGGCUGCUUCCAAGAAACCAGAAUACUCGAAGUUGAUUGACAUUGCCAUCAAAUAUGCUGAUGACAAAGGCUCAAACCCAAAAGAAAAGGCCGUAAUUGCCAUGGACAGAUUGUUAGUUGAGUUCGGAAAAGAAAUCUUGGCUAUUGUUCCAGGUAGAGUUUCUACUGAAGUUGAUGCCAGAUUGUCUUUCGACAAGGAAGGAACCAUCAAGAAAGCAAUUGAAAUCAUCGACUUGUAUAAGUCGAUUGGAAUCUCUAAGGAAAGAGUCUUGAUUAAGAUCGCUUCUACCUGGGAGGGCAUUCAAGCUGCCAAGGAAUUGGAAGAGAAGCAUAAGAUCAGUUGUAACUUGACAUUGUUGUUCUCUUUCACCCAAGCCGUUGCUUGUGCUGAGGCUAAUGUGACGUUGAUCUCUCCAUUUGUUGGAAGAAUUUUGGACUGGUACAAGGCUUCUACUGGUAAAGAGUACGAUGCUGAGAGCGAUCCAGGUGUUUUGUCGGUUAGAAACAUUUUCAACUACUACAAGAAGUACGAUUACAAGACCAUUGUUAUGGGUGCUUCGUUCAGAAACACUGGUGAAAUCAAGGCUUUGGCCGGUUGCGACUACUUAACUGUUUCUCCAAAGUUGUUGGAGGAAUUGAUGAACUCUUCCGAGCCUGUCCCUAAGAUUUUGGACUCUAAAGCUGCUCAAUCUGAGGAUCUUGAAAAGGUUUCCUACAUCCAUGAUGAACCAAAGUUCAGAUUCUUGUUGAAUGAGGAUGCUAUGGCAACUGAGAAAUUGUCUCAAGGUAUUCGUGGCUUUGCUAAGGAUACUGAGUCCUUGCUUUCUCAAUUGGAAAGCAGAUUUUAA